AUGUCUAACAGAUGUGUUGCGUUCUGUGUUUUACUGGUAGGAUUUUGCUUAAUUUCAUGGAAACGCUCGUUAAUUGGUGUUAAAGAUGCUCUGAAGCUGGCUGGAUGCGGGUUCAUAUUCCUGGGCAUCUGCACAUGGCUGAUUUACAUGUUCCUGAGGCUGAAAUCUUUCUUCUUUCUGCUGUGUCAAGAGCUGCUUGACGUUUGUCAUCUUGCAGGCCCCCUGCAUGAAUCCAACAGACUGAAACAAGAGCAAAUUAGAAGAAUUCAACAACAUCAACACAAUGACAAGACAUUCGACUAUGUUGAAAGUGUGUUAAAGCCAAGACAGAACUUGUUACUCCAGCAGAAAAUGGAACGAUACCAUCAUAUGACAGGAGAGACCUGGAAGCUGAGCCGGGGUUUUCCUGUCGGGGAAAAGGAUCAGAUGUGUCAUGAUGCUGGUGUAGACAAGAAUCCUAAUCAGGGAGCCAGAAGGAGACGGAAGCUUCCACAGACUGUUACCCAAGAUCCUGUCCUCAGGAAGUGCCCAAGAAGAAGGUGA